CAGAAGUCUCCCUGUUUAAUCCUUCAGCAUCCACCUGUGUUAUGCCAUUGAGAAGCAUUGUUUUUUCACAAGUUCUGGGAAAGCACUGUAAGAUGUACAUUGAUGAAGACAAACAAGUAAACAGCAGUCAACUUUACUUUCACGUCUGACUCAUCAUUCAACGCUUUCAGUGCCUACGACAUAUGUUUAGCUAUCUGUCACUUCGUGUACCAGAACCACGCACGCAGGGGACAGAAUAGUGAAAAACAGCAUCACACCAGGGAUAAUACAGCAAGUCUGGAUAGCAGAGACUGCUAACGCUCAUUAAUCUUCCUGCCUCAUUUACUUGUACCUUACAUGCCAAAUAGUCAUCAUGGACAAUAAGCCAGAUACAGAAGAUCAACAGAAGACUAGAUCUCCAGGAACAUCUGUGAAGUCAUAUGUGACCAGAUCUGUUGCUAGUUCUUCUAACAGCUCCUGCAAGUCUUCAGCGAGCCUAGCAGCUGCUAAAGCACGCGCAAGAGUUGAAGCAGUGCGCGCUCGCUCCACCUUUGUCAAAAAAGAAACUGAACUCAUGGUGGAAAAAGCCCAGUUGAGAGUAGAAGAGGCAUGCAUGGAGGCUGCUCUGGCCACACUGAAGCAAGAGAAAGAAGUUGCAGCGGCUUUAGCUGAGGCGGAGGUUUUGGAAUCAGCUGCAGCAGAACUCGGCUCUAAACAAGAUCUCAGGGCAGUGGACAUCAUAGGAAUUCCCCCUGACUCCACAGAAAAAAGAACAAAUGAUUAUGUUGAGUGUCACUCCAGAAUGCACUCUAGUCAGCUGUCGUUGCCCGGCCGUGAGUCCCACAUCACCUCCAGUCGGCCACGCAAUUUCUCUCAUGCUCCACCACUCCAAGACAACGAACUGAAUCCCAUUCAUGCAGCCAUUGACAGACUGAGCUCCACUCCAGCUCAUGUCAAGUGCCAUACUACCUCUGAAGAAAAUGGUGUGAAGCAUCCACCUGCCCAGAAUUACCCUGGGAUUUAUCCAUGUAGUGUCACCCCCCUGCAGGAACCUCAACCACACACACAUUCUCUUAGAAUGCAAGCAGCGCAGCCCUCUGCUCUGAACCAUACCGACAUUAAUGACUUUGCUGUCUACAUGGCUCGCUGGGAACUUGUGACAUCCGGGAUGACAAAGUUUGAUGAUCGUCCAGAGAAUUAUUGGGGCUGGAAGUUGAGAGGAUCUACCUUCAUGAACAUCAUAGAAGGAUUGAAACUCACCUGCAAUGAAGAGCUCGACCUUCUCACUAGAUGGUUAGGUCCUCAAUCAUCUGAGCAAGUCAGGAGAAUCAGAGCUGCUCAUGUCAAUGACCCCGCUGCAGGGCUUAGGAUGGCGUGGAUGCGACUUGAAGAGAACUAUGGGUCUCCUGAAAUAAUUGAGAAAGCUCUGCUGGACAAACUUGAGAGAUUUCCUAAGAUCAGCAACAGGGACCCUCUCAACCUGAGAGAGCUUGGUGACUUGUUAAGGGAGUUGGAGUCAGCAAAGUUAGAAGGUUGUUUGCCUGGGCUCGCCUAUCUGGAUACCUCUCACGGCAUUAACCCAAUAGUGGAGAAACUGCCGUAUGGCCUUCAGGAAAAAUGGAUGGACAUCUCAGCAUUCCUCUUCCCACACUUAUUGAGUGUAGGCAUAUCCCAGAUGAUAGGUCGGAGAUACCUACUCCUGAUGUAG